AAAAAAGAAAAAAGAAAGUGAAAAAAAAUGGCACUAUUAAUCUGCACUUUUAAACAGACCAAAGUUGGACCACAGGCAUCUCCAGUCACUCUAUAUAAAGCCCAUCCGUUCCUUCUCUCCCCCCACACCCAAAAAUCCAUCUUCUUCUUCUUCAUCUUUCUCCUGCAAAUAUUUCUCUAUCUCACCAUAGCUCUGCCUUUUUCUCCAUCAAAUAUCUCUCUCUCUCUAGAGCUGUAAAAGCGCUAAAACAACCAUGCCUGAAGCACCAAAGGUCAGUGACUACAACGAUGGCGAGAAGAACCGGAAGACUCUUCAAUUCAUUGAAGAGGUGACCACAAACGCUGAUGAGGUCCAGAGGAAAGUGUUAGCUGAAAUCCUCUCCAGAAAUGCCCAUGUUGAGUACUUGCAGCGCCAUGGCCUUUUUGGUUAUACCGACAGAGACACUUUCAAGAAAACCAUGCCCGUCAUCACCUACGAAGAUAUUCAACCUGAUAUCACCCGCAUCGCCAAUGGCGAUAAAUCCCCCAUUCUCUGUUCCCACCCCAUAACCGAGUUCUUAACAAGCUCUGGGACGUCAGGAGGGGAGAGGAAACUGAUGCCAACAAUUGCAGACGAAAUGGGGAGGAGAUCAGUGCUGUACAGUCUUCAGAUGCCGAUUAUGAGCCAAUUUCUUCCCGGGCUGGAGAAAGGCAAAGGAAUGUAUUUCUUGUUCGUGAAAUCCGAGGCUAAGACCCCCGGCGGCCUCCUGGCUCGCCCGGUUUUAACCUCGUACUAUAAGAGCUCUCAUUUCACCAACAGAACCCCUGAUCCUUACACCAACUACACCAGCCCCAACGAGACCAUUCUCUGCUCCGAUUCCUACCAGAGCAUGUACUCCCAAAUGCUCUGCGGCCUCUGCCUCCGCAAAGAAGUGGUCCGGGUCGGCGCCGUCUUCGCCUCCGGCUUCAUCCGCGCAAUCCGCUUCCUGGAGAAGCACUGGGCCCCUCUCUGCAACGAUAUCCGGUCCGGGAUUUUAACCCCGGAGAUCACCGACCCGUCGGUGAGGGAGGCGGUGAUGAAGAUCCUUAAACCGGACCCGGAGCUGGCGGAUUUUGUGCAGGGGGAGUGUAAGAAAGAGUGCUGGAAAGGGAUCAUUACGCGGAUUUGGCCCAACACUAAGUAUGUGGAUGUUAUUGUGACGGGGACGAUGUCGCAGUAUAUACCCACGCUUGAUUAUUACAGUAAUGGCCUCCCUCUUGUCUGCGCAAUGUAUGCUUCGUCGGAGUGUUAUUUCGGCGUUAAUCUCAACCCCCUCUGCAAGCCCAGCGACGUCUCCUAUACCCUCAUCCCCACCAUGGCCUAUUUCGAGUUCUUGCCCGUUCACCGCAACAAUGAGAAGGAGCCGCAAGAACUCGUUGAUUUAACCGAUGUCAAGCUCGGGCAAGAGUACGAGCUCGUUGUCACCACUUAUACUGGACUAUAUAGGUACCGGGUUGGGGAUGUGUUGAGGGUGGCCGGGUUCAAGAACAAGUCCCCACAGUUCACCUUCGUCUGCCGGAAAAACGUGGUCCUAAGCAUCGACUCCGACAAGACAGACGAGGUUGAGCUGCAAAACGCGGUGAAAAACGCCGUGACUCAUCUGAUCCCAUUCGACGCGCGUCUCACGGAGUACACCAGCUACGCCGACACGGCCACAGCUCCGGGCCAUUACGUGCUGUUCUGGGAGCUGAGCGUGAGCGGCGGCGGCUCCACCCCGCCAGUCCCACCGUCGGUGUUCGAGGACUGCUGCCUAACCGUCGAGGAAUCCCUGAACAGCGUCUACCGCCAGGGCCGCGUCUCCGACAAGUCCAUCGGAGCUCUGGAGAUCAAGAUUGUGGAGCCCGGCACCUUUGACAAGCUGAUGGACUACGCCAUCAGCCUCGGCGCGUCGAUCAACCAGUACAAGACCCCCCGCUGCGUCAAAUUUGCCCCCAUUGUUGAGCUCUUGAACUCCAGGGUUGUGCGGAGCUACUUCAGCCCAAAGUGCCCGAAAUGGGUCCCCGGCCAAAAGCAAUGGAGCAACAAACAGGAUUGAAGAGACCAAUCUAAGCUAAGCUCUGGGAUUGAUGAUGGAAUGAUAUCUUUCAUUAUUGGGUAUCUAGAACCAAAAAAAAAAGACAACUGUUUUUGUGAUCUUUUCUUAGUGGUAGAUGUUAAUUAAGUUCAUCGUACCUAGCUUAACCCCAUCAUUAUUAUUAUUAUUAAUGUGGUUCUGUUCUGUAAUCCCUCCUCGGAUCGCCUGUCACAAUUUAGAUUUUUAACUGUUGUUGAUUAGAGAGACCAAAUUUAGCCAUGUACAAACACAGUUCCUGUUUUAAGCAAGUCUCUCUUUCUCUUUUCUUAAAA